GUCAGGCUGCUGGUACACAGCCUGCCCUGCUUGGGACAACCCCCGGGUGCUGUGGGUGCUGUGGCGCGAAAUGCCAGCAAGUGCCAGCGCUGAGUAAGGCAGAGUUCUGUAGAGGUAUUGGAACGAAUCCUACGGUUGUCAAAACACUAAAAGGAAGUCGUUUCACCCUUAGUCGUCUUGUCCUUUUUCUUUAAAAAAAAAAAAAAAAAAAAAGAAAGACAGCAAACACAACAAGUGCUGAGAACAGAAGAGGCCCUCGAAUGUCCACCAAGUAUAGUCAACCAUGAUUGACAUUUUAGCAUCUUUCGCUCCAGACUUUUUAUGCUCAAGUUUCUCAAGAGGAAAAAAAGAACACAUUGUUAAAGCGUUGGAAUGCAUCCUUUAAAGUAACAUUUCACAUCUAGCUAAACUCUCCUUCUGGCUCCACACCCCUACCUAGAGGUCCCUCUCCUCGUGUGGCUUGCGUUUUUGCAGCUUUGCUUUUUAAACUUUGGACCAGGCUGUGUGAGUUUGAAUCCUGGCUCUGUCACUUCCUGUCUGCAAGCCUUUGAGAAAGUCCUUAAACUUCGUGCCACAGUUUGUCCGUCUGUAGAAGGAGAUAGAACUACCUGGGAUGGAGGGAUGUUGCGAGGAACAAAUGAGUUAAUCUAAAAUGUUUAUUUACAACACUACCUGACACAAAGAAAACACUGAAGGAAUGUACCCAGUACACAAAAACAGAUAAUACACAAUGUGUUACGUGUUUUGUUUUAGGUACAUUACUGCAGUAUACAUUUUACUGCGGCUAAAUUUUUUCGUUUUGUUUUUGAAAUCUAGCAGUGGUACACAUAGAUUUAAUUCACUGUUUUUAACAAUAGUAUGAUAUUACAUCUGUAUUUAUUCAUCACCUUAUUGGUGGUCUUUGACGGUUUUACUAUUUUUAUAUUAUGAGAACAGUUCACUAAGGACUUGUUCAGACUGGCCCUCUCUGCCAUGUCUAGAGCUAUGUCUUCGAAUAUUAUGUACAAUUAUUUCUCUGGGUUCAUUUCCACAAAGGAAAUUGCUCGAUAUAUGCAUUUCCAAUUACUACCGAAUUUCUUUUCAAAGUUACCUCUCCCUUUAAUUAAGUAUUCAUAAUUAUCUCCUAGUUGAUAACGAUGCCCCCACCUUCACUGUCACCAGCAUCUUUAUAAUUGAGAAGUAAAACACCAGUGCGCUGUAAUAUAGAAAAGGAAAAGCUCAAGUUAAUUAUGAAGAAUGUUAUAACCUGCUUUCAAAUCUCCGCCAUUUCCACACAGCUGAAACAGGUUUAAAGCAUCCACUGCACUCAGUUGCUUUCAUAAAAGUGAACCAGCAUAAAGACUUGACUUUGUGGAAUGACUAGUAAACAAGCGAUGCCAGCUGAUGAACAAGAAAGGUUCUUGUGUCAUAAUGGGGAAGUUCUUGUUUUUCGAUUGUCUAAAGGAAAUUUUGCAGAUGAAGGGCCUGCAGAAAUACCUAUAUUACAUGUCAGAAGAAUGGUAUUUGACAGAGAAACAAGAGCAUUUGUUCAGAAAUCCACAGGAUCCUUUAGUCUAAAAGAGGAAAACUCCCCUUUGAAAAUUGUGUGUUGCAACUGUGCAUCUGAUUUCAGAACUGGAAUUAACCUCCCUUAUAUUGUAAUACAAAGUAUUGAAAAGAAUAAUGUUUUCAAGUAUUUUCUACUAUUUCUUCACAGUACCAAUAAGUUUGAGAAAUGUUUGAGUUUUAGCCUUGGCCAUGAGUUGAAAGAGUUAAGGGUCCUGAAUGGCCCCUUCCUUUUAUGGAGACAUGUCGAAACAUUCUACAGUAUCUCUUCCAAAACUGGCGAAGUUGUUACUAUGUCCAUUAACUUGUCUUCUAUUGAGUGGGCAGGAGAAAUUGAAAACCUAGGUAUGGUUUUAUUAGGACAAAAGGGAUGUUAUUUAUCUGAGGAAGGAUGGACCCAGUUUUCAAAAUCAGAUUUUGCAAUUCAGAAUACCAAAUUUUGUGUAUAUGCUCUUGAAAAUCAAGAAGUGUUAAGUGAUUCAUACAUUAUCCCCCCUGCUUAUAGCAGUGUAAUCACUUAUGUGCAUGUCUGUGCCACCGAAAUGGUCAACAACCAGUUAAGAAUGUGGCUGGUUGCCCUCACUCGAAAGAAUCAACUGAUUUCAUUCCAAAAUGGGACUCCUGAAAGUGUGUGCCAGCUUCCUUUUGGAGAUCCUUGUGCAGUCCAACUUAUGGAUGGCGGUGGAGGAGAAAUCCUCUUCGUGGUAUCCUUUAGGUCUAACGAUGCUUGUGCUGUUUGGAAUAAGAACUUUCAGGUUGCUGCUAAGUGGGAAAAUAUUAAGUCAGUACUGAUAGAUGACUUUAUUGGAACUGGAACUGAACAAGUACUACUAAUUUUUAAUGACUCUUUGAAUUUAGAUUGCUUGAGUUCAUUUAAAAUAACAGAUUUUGGCAGCAUAAACUAUUCAAGUGAACCGUUGGAAUGCAACGAAAAUGAUUUAUUUGAAGACACACAGAAGAAUCGUUGUUUGAUCAUUCCACCUCUGGAAAGAAGAGUGCAAGUUGGUUUGGCUUCUAUUCAGGAAUUACAGCAGCAUCUCUUACUUAAGGAAAAAAUGAUUUCAAAAUCUUGCAAAAGUUUUAUCAAUCUGGUUCACGGGAAAGAUGAUAGUACUUCAAGUACAGAGGAGGAAUGUCUUGUUACACUUUGUGGUAAAGAGGAAAAUCCUAUCCAUACCUUUGAUGAAAAGCCGCCAGACAGUUUUCAAAUCUCAGAACAGAUAGUGGAGAAGAUAUGGUAUCGUGUAAUGGAUGAUAACUUGAUUGUUGGAGUGAAAACUUCAUCUUUGCACCUAUCUCUGAAUCAUGUGACUUUAUCGCUGUUAGUGGCUCAAGCUGAUUCCUCCAACUUUAAUUUUGUGAAGUGUCGAAAUAGGGUGAUCAAGUUGAGGAGGGAUUCUUUGCCAGCACCGCAUUUAGUGCCAUGUGAAAUAGAAUCCCAGGCAAAAAGAAUCAGGUUGAUUGUGGACACUGAUGAAGAGAAAAAGGAACGCUUUGUUAGUAAACCACCAUCUGAGAAAGAUUCUGUACACCUAAUUACUGCUGUAACAUCUCUUCCACCCCUUUUAGCAUUCAAAAAUUUUGAUUGCAUUGUGCUGCUACAAGUCAGGGAGAGAGAAAAUGCUGACUCUUCUGAAGAUGGCUAUAUUCAGUGUGGCAGGAUCUUCAUAAGUCUAGAAGAUCUUUCAAAUGAAAAAUACAUAGUCACAUUUUCAAAGAAGAAUCCUAUAGAACACAUGGAAGAUCUCUUCGCACUUCUUGCAGCCUUACACAAAAGUUGUUUUCAAAUCAUAUCACCCAGUUAUGCCCUGAAUUCAAUGAAGGUGUGGCUCUUUGACCACAUGAAAUGUGAAGUGAUUGAAGAAUUUCCAGAAAUGUACUUUUGUAAAAGGCAAGGAAGUUUCUAUGGAACAGUUUUCAGUUGGCAACAAAAAACACCAUUUGAAGGGAUUUUAAUGGUCUAUGUCAGGAAUCACACAGUUUUGUUCCAGUGCCUUCAUAACCUGAUCAGAGUUCUCCCUAUAAACUGUGUCCUCAAAAAGCUAAAAUCAGGAAUGGAAGAUUUCCCAAUCGAUCAUUUGGCAUAUACUUUGGAGAAGGAAUUGGUUACCCUUGGUUCUCUUUCUUCUGCUUUAGUCAAGGUUGAAAACAACUUGGAGCAAAGGUGUGAGGUGAGCAAGGAACAGAGUAGUGGCGAUGAGGCUGUAUUAUCAGACAGAGAGGAAAACAUCCAGCCAUACAGGGAAGAACUUCAGAGAGAAAAGAAGCAAACGAUGAUGAACCUAAAAGUGAGUGGUGCCCUUUACAGAGAAAUAGUAUUGAAAUUAUCUGAGGUUCAGCUACAAUCAGACUCUACUGCACAGAAACUGAUUGGUUUAUAAUUACAAUAUUAAUUUGAUUAUUUUUUUAAAAUUUGUUUUUCCUCCCAGAGUGUUUGGUUCCGCUUAGUUUUGUUUUACAUUACAGGCCUCCUUUAUAAAAAUAAAGAUUGAGGCUUAUUGUUUUUGGUUUUGGUGAUGACCAUGCACCCAACCCCUGGGGCAUUUGUUAUGUCUGGACACAUUUUUUGGUUGUCAGAGGUAAGGGGGCUGGGGACAGUGAGGCCGGUGCACUGUUCACAUCGAGAGGGUAUUGUCGGGGCUGCUGCUAGACAUCUUACUCUUACUGGACAGCACACAGAAUAAUCCAGACCAAAGUGUCAGUAGUGCCAAUGUUGAGAAAUUUUGCCUUAGAGUUAGUUACCACUUAAAUGAAACAAGUGUAAUAACAGUAUUUUGGUCUAAAUCUUUAAAAAAUGUAGUCUUUAAUUGUAUUCUGCUUAGUAAAACCUUCAAAUAGAUAAAUUAUAUGAGGUAGUCAGCAUUCACAAGUUUAUGUAAACAUCAAAGUCCUGGGAAAUUUAAAUGGUGGCGUGUGUAGGUGAGACUUUUAGAAUGCAAGUGUUUGAAACCCUUGCUAAUUUAACUUUUAUUAGAAAGCUCCCCUGAAAUUGUCUGGGUAUAGGAAUGUGAAUAUUUUAGGGCAUUUCCCUGCAAAGCAUAUCACUUUCAAAAGACUAAGCAUACUUACAGGCCACUCUUUAAAAAAUAAAAAUGGAAAAUGCCUUUAAGCUAUCUGAGAUUCCAGUUCUAGGCAGAGCUAAAAUAUAAAAUUCUUACUAAAAUAACUUAAAGAAUAUGGUGUACCUUAGGGACUGAGAAAUUUAAAAAUAAGUAAAAAAUCACUUCAGUUAAGACGUGAUUUUUAAAGGGUCCAAAGAGACAUUUCAAAGGGAAGAAAGCUCAACCUAUUCUUUUUUUGGAAAAGUGAAAAUUCUGAAGUUAUACAAAAAUGUCUGGAAAGGGAAAAAGACACAAAAGGAUAUGGGUCAAAAGGGAUGCGUCUGAUCCUUUUUGCUCUAAAAUCCUUAAUUGAGAUGGAAGUUUCCAUCUCAGUUGAAAGAAAUGAAGAUGAUUAUAGGAAGUGGCAUUUCAUGCUUGUAGCUGUGAAGUGCUAAUCCUCCUAGCCCCCCUGCCUUAGAAGGGCUUGUACCUAAGGAUCUGAUGAUGCAGAUGGAUUUUAGAAAAUGUAGGUUAUUAUUUUCUGGUUUUGGUUUUUAAGAUAGUCCAUAAAAUAUGCUUCUUCUUUUUUAAGUAAUCCACUGCAAAAUGAGAUAGGACUCUAUAGCUCUAUUUCUAUGGAAUAUCAAUGGAAAAUAUUCCAGACUUUCUGGAAAUGCAGUCAUUUUAGGAUUCAUUGGAAACCUGGAAGUAGUGUCUGUCAUCUGCUAUCUAUUGAAACCACCCAUGCUAUGUUUUGAAAGAACAACCGAGUACAGGAACUAAAUUAUAAAACAGAAUUAACAGUUGUAAGUGGAACUUAAUUGCAAUAGUUUAUAAGCAUUAGUAUAAUAAAAACGAGCACUGUGCUUACUUUUUAUUUAUAAAAGCAACCAAAUGUAUUACUUUGUAGAUACCAAGUCAUCUCUUUACAAGUGGGUUUCUUUCUCUAGUAUAGUUUUUCUACUUGCUCCAAACUAGAAAAGCCAAAAUUUGAGGAAGUGUUGCUCUCGUCACGUUCUCAUCACUCUCUCAUGAGUCAUCUCUCUCUGUUAGCAUAUUCCUCUGACCUUGUCACAAAUCUGAGGCUCCUCUGAAAAACACGCUCCCUCCAAAUCCAGAGUUGUUCUGAGCACUCCAGUUUUCAGAUACAGCUUUCUGUCAGCCUCCUGAUCCUGAACUGAGGAGUGUGCAUGGCGGCUUAGCAUGCCUUUGUUCAGUUUGGUGACCAAGAUUAGGCAAGGGGAAGAAUUGUAGCCGUUACUGAGUGUCAGUUGUCUGCCGAACAGUAGGCCUGGAUCGCACACGCACACACAAAUGCACAUACACGUUCACACUGACAUCUGUCCAUAUCCUGAAGAUUUAUUCCUUCACCAAAACCCUUGAAGUGUAGUUAUUAGUGUUGUCACCAGUAUGGAAAAGAUAUUAAAGCAAUUAAGGGGACCGUUGGAAGCAACUUGAUGCUAUACACAUUUUUCCAAAAUCAGCUGACCCUUGAAGAAUUCUAACAACAUACUAACAUGUCUUUUUCAGUCCCGAUGACAUCUCUUUCUAUUAUCUAGAAUUGAUUACUCCAUUUUUUUUUAUAGAGGCAUGUUUAUUUAUUUAUUUGUUUGUUUGUUUGUUUUAUUUAUACAUGCACUGGGUACAGUCAGAAG